AUGCUAUUCAAACAGCAAGUGUUGCUGAGACAGAAGCUCUUUGUGUUGGGCAGCCUUGCUGUUGGAAGUCUCUUAUAUAUAGUUGCCAGAGUUGGGAGCUUGGAUAGACUCCAGCCCACAUGUCCCAUAGAAGGUCAAUUUGGGGACCAAGAGCAAAUCAUGCUUCGUGCUUUACAGUACAAGAGAGGCUUGUCACAUGAUUUACGCAAAGGCAAUGCAACAAAGGAACAAAUCAGACUACACAACAUGGUGCAACAGCUUCCCCAAGCCAUUAUUAUUGGUGUCCGCAAAGGUGGAACACGUGCCCUGCUUGAAAUGCUGAACUUACACCCAGCUGUAGUCAAAGCCUCACAGGAAAUCCAUUUUUUUGACAAUGAUGAAAACUAUGCUAAGGGUAUUGAAUGGUACAGGAAAAAAAUGCCCUUUUCCUACCCCUAUCAGAUCACUAUUGAGAAAAGCCCAGCAUACUUCAUCACUGAGGAAGUCCCUGAAAGAAUUUACAAAAUGAACUCAUCCAUCAAAUUGCUGAUCAUUGUGCGUGAGCCAACAACUCGAGCUAUUUCAGAUUACACUCAGGUGCUGGAGGGAAAGGAAAGGAAGAAUAAAACAUACUACAAAUUUGAGAAACUUGCAAUUGACUCCGCUACCUGCGAGGUAAACACUAAAUACAAGGCUGUGAGAACUAGUAUAUACACAAAACACCUAGAGAGAUGGCUCAAGUACUUUCCCAUUGAACAGUUUCACAUUGUGGAUGGCGAUCGCCUCAUAACUGAGCCAUUACCUGAACUCCAGCUAGUGGAGAAGUUUCUGAAUCUGCCCCCCAGAAUAAGCCAGUAUAAUUUAUACUUUAAUGCCACAAGGGGGUUUUACUGUCUGCGGUUUAACAUUGUAUUUAACAAGUGUCUGGCAGGCAGUAAGGGACGGAUACACCCUGAAGUGGAUCCCUUGGUUGUUAACAAACUGCACAAGUUUUUUCAUCCUUUCAAUCAGAAGUUUUAUCAGAUCACUGGGCGAACAUUUAGCUGGCCAUAUAAGUGA